AUGUUGCGGGUAGUGCUCUUCGUAUUAUUUUCCAUCGUCAUUGCACAACAUCCCUGGUACCAAGCCUUUAAUCCAGAAGAAGUACGUGAAGAAGCGCGGAUGUGUGAACAAGAGUGCAUGACGACCUCGGAUUGUGAUACCGGCCUGAGCUGCUUUCACGCAACGAUGGAUAGCCGCGGGUGCUGCCUACAAACUUUGAAACCGAACGAAACUGGAUGUGUUGUUGAUGACCAGUGCAAGCGAGCUUGCGAGAGCACCUUUUGCGACAAGGCCCAGCAGCCAUCUCGGUGUCUAUGCGAAAAGGGGCGGCAUUUCCUGUUCAACAAAUGCUGGAAAAAAUGUCCGGAAUUCGCCCAUCCUGAACCGGAAGUUGACCCUCAGGGUUUCUCUUUUUGCAAAUUGAAGGUGAGCGAAGCCACCGCUCUCCAAUGGAUCCGACGAAACAAGCGACAACUCCGAAACGCUUUCUGC